UUCUUUUUUUUCCUUUCAGGUCGCUGUGCUCGUUGUGGGGAAAAUGUAGUUGGGGAAGGUACAGGAUGCACUGCCAUGGAUCAGGUGUUCCACGUGGAUUGUUUCACCUGUAUCAUCUGCAGCAACAAGCUCCGUGGGCAACCUUUCUAUGCAGUGGAGAAGAAGGCCUACUGUGAGCCCUGCUAUAUUAAUACCCUGGAGCAAUGCAGUGUGUGCUCCAAGCCCAUCAUGGAGAGGAUUCUCCGAGCCACUGGAAAGGCCUAUCAUCCUCACUGCUUUACCUGUGUGAUGUGCCAUCGUAGCCUGGAUGGGAUUCCAUUCACCGUGGAUGCCGGUGGCCUCAUCCACUGCAUUGAGGAUUUCCACAAGAAAUUUGCCCCGAGAUGUUCUGUGUGCACAGAGCCUAUCAUGCCAGCCCCUGGCCAAGAGGAGACUGUCCGAAUUGUGGCUCUGGACCGCGAUUUCCAUGUUCACUGCUACCGUUGUGAGGAUUGCGGUGGUCUGCUGUCUGAAGGGGAUAAUCAGGGCUGCUACCCUUUGGAUGGACACAUCCUCUGCAAGGCCUGCAACUCCACCCGCAUCAGGGUGCUGACUGCCAAGGCUAGCACUGACCUUUAAAUGUGGUCUCUGGUUAGCUGGUGGUAAAAAGAAGAAUGAAGCAAAAGAAAAAAAGAUAAGGAAUAGGAAAAUAGAGGAAAGGCAGUCAAACUACCCCAUUGUCUCUGUUCUUCACCAACUACUAACCUUUCUUUUGAAACACACACACACACACACACAUAUAUUGUUAGAUUUUAUGUUUUUAAGUUCUUACCAAAAACAUUUCACAUUGAAUCAUAUAGGGUUGUGAUUUGUUUGUUCCCAAGGACUUCCACAUUUUUGCACGGAUUAUACUCCAUCCCAUUCACUUCUGCAUUCCUUUAACUUUUAAUCGCUGUGUUUGUCUCACUUUUCAUCUGGUUGAAUGGUGUUUUUUUUUUAAUAGUUCAGUAUUUGCUGUCACACUGCUUUUGCUGGGUGAGACUGCCAACUCACAGGUGCUUUUAGGCUUGAAGGCUUCAGCAAAAUCCGCCACACUGCCUGUAAUCACAAAGGUUAGCCUUUUUUUCUUUUUCUGUAUAUUGAAAAGUAUAUCUUUCUGUUCCUUCAACUGAUCAUGUGCCUUGAGUUAAAAUGCACAUUUUAUGAGCCAGGCUAUAAAGAAUUUAAGUUAUAAACUGCAUAGAUUAAAGACAAGCCUAAAUUUAACCUGCAGUUAUCCAAAUCUAAAAUCUCUAGUGGCCAAUGCUUGGGCUCAUUCAAAAACAAGUAUUUAUAAGAUAGAGCCAUAUUUCAGUCUUUCUCUAAAGAAAUCUCAUAUAGGAUAUGCUUUAAAAAAAAAAAAAAGCAUAUGAAGGGUAUGUUUGAAAAGUCCAUUGUUAUCCCUCAAUGUUAUCUCAAGAUUUUCCUUUUCCAUACUACUUGGACAAAAUACUACAAACCAGAUUUUAUCUAGAAUAUAAUGUUUCCAAUACUAUCCCAAAUUUCAUCUCGGAAGUAUUGCCAUGUUUUUCUAACAUCCAAACACAAGUACCAAAAAAAAUUUUUUCUUUUUCUUUUUUUCUACACAGAAAAAUACCUCUGGAGAACAGUUGAAACCCUCCCUUUUUAUUUUCCUCCAGCCUUUAUGCCUGACAGAUGCAAAUCAGGGCAAACAAAAUGCACAAGAUAAAAUUGUGUAGCGUUGUUGAGUUUACUUUAGGAAGACAAAAAGGCUAGAAAAGACUGUGAAAACCACAGUUACAUGAUUCUUAUAAUCCUUCUGCAGCUGAAAUUCCAUCUUGCAGAAGACAUUUUCAUGUCAUCAGUGUCACAUUUACACUACACAUUAAAGACAAUUGCUGGGGGGGGAAAUAAUGCCUUCUGAGAUAAAAAAAAAAUAUGCAGAGUUUCUUCCUAGAAUCUUUAUUCAAACUUUUAUUUGGGCAGUGAAAUACUUGCUCACCAGCUGCAGAAGUAUUCAUUAGGCUCUAAAUGCUUGGUAUAAGGAGACACACCUAACUUAGUAAUAUCAGGUUGCCAUUUUGUAAACUAGAUAGAUUGAGGUUUUCUUUUCAAGCCUUUCGACUCUUACAAGAAUAUCCUCUCAAGUUAUGAAAUAUUUUUUAAAUGCACAGAAUUGUAAGAUAUAAUAUAAUGAAUUCCUGUAUAGGUUAAAACCCAGUUUAAGAAAUCAGAUAUAACAAAUAUAGUUCUAAUGUCCUGUGUAAAUUUCUGUAAUUCCACAAAUAACUUUUCAUGACUAUAAAGUGAUUAGUUUUCUGUUCUAACAUUUAAAAAUGUUUAGCAUCCCAAGUAGAUAUAAAAACCAUAUUGCAUGUUUUAAAUUGCAAGUCAUGCCUCAGGAAUUCUACUUAAAUUGAUUUUAUUUUAGUUGUAAUUGUUAUAGCAUAUAAGUGUUUUUUUGUUCAUUUGUUUGAUAAGGAGGUCAGAAGCCUUUGGUCACUGUAGCUCUUCUAACUUAACUGUGGCUCAUAUGCUUUGGUCACCAGUUUUUAGAAACACCAAAAUUCUAGCUCUCAGAGUUUCCUUUGGAUAUUUUUCUUUCCUUACCUUGUUAAUUCUAUCAUUGAUCUCAGAUUUCUUAUGCAAAGUACAAUGGAAGUCACUGAGCAGCAUGCAAAUUGUAGGAUACAGUGGCUUUUAAAUCAAAAGGCUAGACCACUGAUGACCUCAAAGAGCACUGGCUAUUAAACAAUCAGGAUGAUAAUAUAAUCUUUCUGAAUUGUUCCCUGUAACUUGCUUUUGAGUUCUGAAGCACUUGGGAGAAAUUGUCUUUAGGCCAAAAGCAAAGAGCCCAAUUUAUUGAGAGAUGGAUUUUAUAUCUUGAUGUGCAGUCAUAUUAUUAUAAAUUUUGCCAAAAGAGAAAGACUUCAUGAAAUAUUUAUACUAUAGAAAUGCAAUAACAUUCUACUUGUUUGUCACAUUUAAGUCCUUAUGUAACUAAAUGUUUACAUACCAAAAAGAAAAAGAAAAGAGAGAGAAUUAUAAGAAAACUGUCACAGCCUCAUCACUGUGGCAUUGCCAGAACACUGCUCGCUUGCUUACUAUCUUUAUAGUUAAUUUUUAUCACAUAACCUCAGAGUAACCUCAGAGUAUCUUUACCAAAGAUUUUUAAAGUAAAUCUCUCUUUAAUAUAGACUUACUAUACUUUUAUAAUAAUGAAUGUGCACUCAUACAUAUUCAGAAAUAUUUAGAUUUACAUCUUUUCUUUCUUCACAAGAUAUAGUAAGGAAAGGAUCCUACAAUGUUCUAUGCAAGGAUUUCUUAAACAUAUGACUUCUAUUACUUUUUGUCUUUUUUAUUACUCACUUGGUAUAAAUGCUGCCAAAUCACUCUUUUCUAUUUUAGUUACAUGAAAUUUUUCCAGUAACAGAAACAUAAAAAAUCAUAUUAACAUUAAUAACUAUUGUCUAUUGAAAUAUUAUCUUGUUCUUAUAUAGUACAUAAAUAGUAGAAAUAAAUCAUAUUGUCUAUAAAAUAAAAAUUGUAAUUAUAUACUGGUUUCAAAAAUAUGUGAAGAGCACAAUAUUUGGUAGUUCUGUGUAACUUAAGGGACUAAAAAGGGGGGAGACCCAGUCUUUGUGGGUUACGCAAAUCAUUUCAAAAUCUGGUUUCUUCAUUGUCUAGACUCCUAUCUCUUACUGAUGCAAAAGUCUCACUUGCAAAAAAAAAAAAUCACCUUCAAAUGACGAAAAUAAGUCUUGUGUUGCCCCAGCCUAGGAUAUCAAGACUUCUGAGAUACUGGAUAUCUCCACAGCUCAACAAUGGGCGGCUCUUUUUCUUGUCAUUUACAAAUUGUUGUUUCAGAAGGAAAACUUCUCUGAUAAAAAUUGCUUCAUUUGGGUGUGUGCUGAUGAAUGUGGUGGAGUUAUCAACACUAUAACUGUCACUAUAAAAUAUACUGCAAAGAUGUUUCUGGUGAUAUUAAAAGUAUAUAAAACUAA